AUGGGUCAUUCACGCCACGACUCCGCAAGCGAACUAUCAACUCUAGGAGAUGUCUCGAGGGAAGAAUAUGGCGAGAUACUCUCAAAGUUUCUCGCCGAUGUGGAUUUCUACAUGCCGCCGUUUGAAUACGAUUUCACGCUUGAAGAACCGGUAAUGGCCUACUUCGCCCGACAGCCUAACUGGCCUACCCAUCUUACGGACAAAGCUGUUUAUAUGGCCAAAUGGAUGUCCACUGGUCUUGGAAUGUGCUACCCAUUUGCCAAGAAAGACAUUCAAGUUGCAUACGGUAUCCACGCCACAUAUGUGCUCUUCAUCGACGACAUCAUCCAUGAGCUGGGGGACGCUCUCGAUGAAUUUGAAACACGUCUUGUGAGCGGCAAACCGCAGAAAUCGCCAAUCUUACAAUCGUUGGUGGACUUCUUGUUGGACAACAAGACGUACAUGGGCCCAUACGCUGCGGCGAUGAAUACCAAGGCCACUAUCGAAUUUAUCUGUGGUUGCAUCAUGGAACGAGACUAUGACGGCAAGGUUGUGCCACCAGUGGGCGCUAAGAAGUUCCCCGGUUAUUUUCGCGAGAAAACAGGCUACACGGAGCCAUACGCGCACUUUUGCUUCCCCGAGGCGAUGUUCCCUGAGAAGGAGUAUUUGCAUGUGUACAUGCCAUGCAUUCAGGACCUGAUCGAGUUCAUCAGCUACGCUAAUGACAUACUUUCCUUCUAUAAGGAAUCUGUCGUCGGUGACGAGCGCUUGAACUAUGUUUGCAACAUUGCAAACACUCAUGGACUGAAUGCAUCUCAGGCUUUGAGGUUGGUCUGCAAAAACGUUACGGAAAACGUAGUCACUACUCGGAAGGUUUUGAACGAUUAUCCGGAGAUGAAGGAUACAGUUGACGAGUUCUUCCGUGGAUACAUCGCAUGGUACCUGAACCAGACGAGGUACAAGUUAACUGAUAUUAUUGUGAAGAAUUCGGACGGCCAGCUCUUCAAACUUACGCCCGCUGAGCCUAAGGUAUAUAGAGGUAACAAGCAAGAUGAAACUAUAGUACUAUAG